AUGGCGGCGGCCAAUCUGCCUUCUCCGGUUUACGAAGUUAUCUUUUCAUAUGUUGACUUACCGGACCUAUUUAAUUGUGCAUUAGUCUGUAAAUCAUGGAAUCAAUUCCUUCAAGAUGAGAACAAUUCUGUAUGGAGGUUAGUGUGUCUUAGAACGCUUUCCAAAGAGGCACUAAAAGGUGACAUUCUCUCGAAUGUGCUAACGUAUAAGGGGAAAGUACGGUCAUUUCUACAUAGCUGGAACGCCAAUGACUGUUCUCGGAACGUUUACGUAAGCGCUAAUGGUUUUACAAUUCAUCGAAACCCUGUAGCACAAAGUACUGAUGGCUCAAGGGGUAAACGAGGAUUUAACAGUGGUCGUCAUGCCUGGGAAAUAUGGUGGGAAGGUCCUCUCGGCACUGUAGCAGUUGUAGGAAUUGCUACGAAAAUUGCCCCCAUGCAGUGUCAUGGAUACGUUGCUCUUCUUGGAGGCGACGAUCAAAGCUGGGGUUGGAAUCUUGUGGACAACUAUCUCAUACACAAUGGUGACAAUCAGGGAAAUUUUCCACAAUGUAAUAAUGCACCAAAAUAUGAGGUGGGUGAAAGAAUACGGGUUAUCCUAGAUAUGGAGGACAAUUACUUGGCAUUUGAAAGGGGAUAUGAAUUUCUAGGUGUUGCAUUCCGUGGUUUACCCAGUGUCAAUCUUUACCCAUCAGUUUCUGCUGUCUAUGGAAACACUGAAAUCACAAUGGUAUAUCUUGGUCCACCUCUUGAUGGAUGACAUCUAAUAUUGUACUAGGUUAUAGUUUGUUAGUAUUUUCAAAUUGUUUAGGAAGAAUUCAGGUAUUUUGUAUGACCUCAUAGCAGACAUAGUGGCUGAAUCUGCUGUGUCAUUCUGUCUUGAAUGCAGUGGUGCUUUGUUAGUGAAUGCUGAAUAUUCCUUAUAAUCUACUCUUCACUGAUAGUUAGUCCCAAAUGGAAGAUAGAUACUGUAUUGCUUUUGUUUAGAUUCAUAUUCAACCCCUACUUUUAUCUAGUACAUCAAGAGGAAGUCUUGCUUACAUGAAUCUGCCACUACAGUUACUGUACUGGUCACAUGACAUACAAUCAUGUGACUGCCAUGAAACAAUGAGAUAUUGUAUGUACUACAUACAUGUGACAAUAAUUGCAUUUUCAAUCUAAUCUCAAAUGAA